AUGGAUUUCUUAAGUUGUAUAGUACUCCUUUCUCUGUGCUCUCUCUCCUGGUUCUUAAUCCAAGCCCUCCAGAGAAGAACCAGAGUUAGGCUUCCACCAGGACCAAAGCCAUUUCCAUUGAUUGGUAAUCUUUUCGAACUUGGAGACAAACCUCAUCUCUCUUUGACCAAGCUUUCACAACACUAUGGCCCCAUAAUGUCUUUGAAACUAGGCCAACUAACCACUAUUGUAGUUUCUUCAUCAACCAUGGCCAAAGAAAUCCUUCAAACCCAUGACCAAUUGUUUUGCAACCGAACAAUCCCAGAUGGGGUGCGAGUAGUAGCAGACAACUUGAUCUGGAUGCCAAUAUCACCAAGGUGGAGAAAGCUUCGCAAAAUAUGCAGCUCCCAAUUGUUUGCCACCAAAGUUCUUGAUGCCAAACAUGAGACUCGGCAAGUGAAAGUGCAAGAGCUCAUAGAUAGUGUCAAUGAGAGCAUGGUACAUGGUGUGGCAGUAGAUAUUAGAGAGGCUGCUUUUAAAACUACCCUCAAUUUGCUGUCAAGGACUAUUUUCUCUUUCGAUUUGGCUACUACUGAAAGUAGUAGUAGUGAGAUGGCCAGAGAGUACAAGGAGAUCGUUUGGGGCGUAAUGGAAGAGGCUGGGAAACCAAAUUUGGCGGACUAUUUUCCUGUGCUUAGGAAGCUUGACCCGCAAGGCAUAAGGCGGCGUUUUACGAAUUACUACAACAGGAUGUUAGGCUUCAUGGAAUAUGUGAUUGAUCAAAGGUUGGAAUCUAGAAAAGGAGAUGAUUAUGUCACAAAUAACGAUAUGUUAGAUACUCUUAUAAGCAUCAGUGAAGAGAAAAAUGAGGAGGAUAUGAACAAUCCCCAAGUUAUUGAGAACUUGUUUAUGGCUCUAUUGACUGCGGGCACAGAUACAACUUCAAUCACAUUGGAAUGGGCAAUGGCUGAGCUACUACAUAACCCAGAAAGCCUCUCAAAAGCUCAAGAUGAGCUGGAUAGUGUGUUUGGGAAGGGAAAAUUAAUUGAGGAGUCGGAAAUUACUCAACUACCUUACUUGCAAGCAAUAAUCAAAGAAACAUUCCGGUUACACCCAACAGUCCCAUUUCUAGUGCCACGAAAAGCAGAAUCAGAUGUAGAAAUCGGAGGAUACAUUGUCCCAAAGAAUGCACAAGUUCUAGUCAAUUCUUGGGCCAUAGGCAGAGACCCUAGCAUUUGGGACAACCCAAACUCUUUUAUGCCGGAGAGGUUCUUAGGAUUGGAGAACCAAAUUGAUGUUAUGGGAAGAAACUUUGAUCUUAUUCCAUUUGGUGGUGGGAGAAGAAUAUGUCCUGGACUGCCGCUGGCAAUGAAAAUGUUACACUUGACGUUGGGUUCACUCAUUAACUGCUUCAAUUGGAAACUUGAAGAUGGAGUUGUAUCUGAGACUAUAAACAUGGAAGACAAGUUUGGCCUCACUUUACAAAUGGCUCAGCCACUUCGAGCUGUGCCAAUAAGUUAUAAUUGA